GGUAUAAGUGCAAGUGAUUUGCUCCAAUUCGUCGUUGUGCAUCAAGAGUUUGUUUGUUAAAUCUCGGGUGACAAAACACGACGGUGAAAGAAAGGAAGAUAAAACGGGGAUCUCUCUAGAUUCUCUAGAUUAAUAUUAGCAGUUUAUUACUACUACUAUACAAUUAAUUUUGUCAUCCGAACGACUCACGACUUGACUACUGAAUUUCACGAUCCAAGAUGAAGCGACAACAGUCUCAAGAACAGCAAAAGCAACAACUGCAGCAACAAGCUAUUAUGCAAGAACAACAGCAACAGUAUACCCAGCAAAGGACGGAGAGACAAGUCACGCGACAACAGAUCACCAGUCAGCAGAGAGUUCAAGGGGAGAUCGUUAUGCAAACGACGCCAACGGUACCAGCAUUUAUGGGUAAACCCGGGGAUCCCUCACCGCCGAUUUUCGAGCGGAUCUUCAAAAAUGCGAGGUUUGCGCAGGGCGGCAACGCGAUUUUUGAAGGGUGUGUUCGCGGUAAUCCGAGACCGUCAGUGUCUUGGACACACAAAGGAGUGCCAUUGCUAGAAUCACGAAAGAUCCGAAUGUCUUAUGAUGAAAAUUCUGGAAUAGUCAUACUCCAAAUUAAUCAGAUCGGUCCGGGGGACGAGGGCGAGUAUACGUGCAGUGCAAAGAAUCAAUAUGGCGAAGCUAUUUGCUCAGUUUACAUACAGCCAGAGGGAUUUGGUCCUCCAGCGCAACAACUAACGGAUAGUUACAAGAAAGAAUUUACGCAAAGCUUUCAGACGAGCGAACAGAAAAUGCAAACUGGAAGUCAAGUCUUCCAACAACGUAGUUAUCAGCAAACGACCGAUAAACGAAGUUACGUUAACGGUACAACUACAAGCAUUGAAGAUUUUAAGGUUGAUACCUUUGAAUACAGAUUGUUGCGCGAAUUGGAGUUCCGUGAAUCAAUUACUCGCCGUUUCGCGGGUGAAUCUGACGUGCAAAUUUCUACGACAGUAGAUCGUAUGUUGGGACCGAUUGCACCUCCGCAAAUCACUCAGAAACCUAGAAACUCGAAGCUCGUUGAAGGAUCGGACGCUGUCUUCACCGCAAAGAUAACUGGCAAUCCGAAGCCAAGAUUAACAUGGUUCAAAAAUGGCCAAAGAAUUCGAGAUUCUCAACGUGUGGAGACAAGCUAUUCAAAUCAGCAAGCUACUUUACGAAUCCGAGUCGCUUUGCCGGAAGACAGCGGUCAUUAUACACUAUUGUCUGAGAAUCCUCAAGGUUGUACCGUUAGUUCUGCUUAUCUCGCAAUUGAGUCCAGCGAUCAAGUAGAUCAAGUUCCGUAUCAAGCGCAUCAAAGGGAAUUUAUCAAGACUCAACAAGAGGAUUCGACCAUUGAAUCUACUGACUCUAGCAAGGUUCUUCCACCGAAUUUUGUUCGUACCAUCACAGACAAGGAAGCUACCGAAGGCAAAAUGACACGAUUCGAUUGUCGCGUAACUGGACGUCCAUAUCCCGAAGUUACUUGGUAUAUAAACGGCCAACAAGUCGCCAAUGACAUGACUCACAAAAUUCUUGUGAAUGAAUCUGGUAGCAAUUCGUUGAUGAUCACAAACGUGAAUCGCGCCGACGCUGGCAUAGUAACAUGCGUUGCUCGAAAUAAAGCUGGCGAGACUUCUUGUCAAUGCAACUUAAGCGUUAUUGAAAAGGAACAAGUAGUUGCACCGAAAUUUGUCGAACGUUUUGUUACAACAGGCGUAAAGGAGGGAGAACCCGUGGUCUUUAUGGCACGCGCAGUUGGCACACCCAUUCCACGUAUCACGUGGCAAAAAGAUGGCGUACCGAUAACGCCUGGUCCUGAAAUACGUAUAUCGAGCGAUGGUAGCGGAGCUUCGACUUUGGACAUCCCGUGCGCCAAGUUCUCGGAUGCAGCCUGGUACCAGUGUACAGCUCAAAAUGUAGCCGGCUCUACCGCAACUCGAGCACGGCUCUUUGUUGAGACGCCAAAAGGAACGACCCCGGAACCAAGACGCCUGAAUUUACCCCGACCAACGAAAAUUAUCGAACCAGAACCAGCGCCUGGCCCCGAAGUGAUUUACUUGAGACAUGUGGAACGUGCAAAACCUUACUUGCCGCCCGCUGAAGAAGACAAAGUUUAUCCCCCACCAUGUUUCAUUAUACCGCUAAAGGACGUUCAUCAAAUCGAAGGUGGACGAAUUCACUUCGAGGCCAGAAUCGAACCGGUGGGUGACCCUACUAUGAGGGUGGAGUGGUAUGUCAAUGGCAGAGCACUCGAUGCGAGUUCCCGAGCAACUUCCGUUUUUCGCUUUGGUUUUAUCUCACUCGAUCUCAUUAGCAUCGUUCUUCAAGAUAGCGGCGAGUACUUGUGCCGCGUUGUAAGCUCAACGGGAGUUGCUGAAUCUCGAGCCACCCUCAGCGUAACCCCACGUGCUACAAUUGAGCAAGCAAGCCAACACCCCGACAGCCUCCAGUACAUACACCAGCUUGAGGAUUACAGCAAGUAUCAAAGACAGGAGAGUAUAGAAGAGACUUCUUCUCAGCGACCGGUUUUCAUCCGCCCGCUCCAGGAUCUUGGUGAGCUACAGGAAGGUCGUAACGCCCAUUUCGAGGCGCAAUUGACGCCUGUUAGCGAUCCCACCAUGAAAGUGGAGUGGUACAAAGAUGGAAAACCAAUCACAGCCAGCUCAAGAAUCACUAGCAUCUUCAACUUCGGAUACGUCUCACUCAACAUAAUGCACCUACGGGCUGAAGAUGCAGGUUCUUACACCGUCAGAGCUGUGAACCGCUUGGGAGAGGCCAUCAGCUCCGCGACUCUUCGUGUUUUUGCGCGAACAAGUGUUACAACAGACUUGGGUAUUCCCGAACAACUGAGGUACAUAGAGGCUGCUGAGGAAUUGGAAGCGUAUCAACAGGCCAUGCACCAAAAGUAUGUGCAGGAGCAGCCUGAACUAAGUAGCCCACCGGAAUUUAAAUCGCCUAUUAAGGAUCAGAGCGGCAUCAGAGAAGGCGGAUUUGCCCAUUUUGAGGCACGUCUCGAACCAAUUGGUGAUGCCAAUCUCCGUGUCGAGUGGUUGAAAGAUGGACGACCUGUAGAAGCUAGUUCUCGGAUUACAACCUUCUUCAAUUUCGGUUAUGUGGCAUUGACCAUCAAAUAUGUAACGAUACAUGACGUUGGUAUAUACACUUGCCGAGCCUACAAUAGAGCUGGUGAAGCUCACACUACCGCUCAGUUAAGUGUGAUCAGCAAGAAUGAUAUUAUUUAUGACAGCCAACAUCCUGCUGGUCUCCAAAAAAUUCAGUCUCUAGAAGAUUCGAGUAGAUACUUACGACAGGUUCAGGAAGAAACGCAGAUUACACAGGCACCGCGAUUCCUGGGUAAUCUUAAAGGUACUAAUAAAAUUGUAGAAGGUCAACGGGCACACUUUGAAGCACGCGUCGAACCUCAAAGUGAUCUGAGUAUGAAGAUCGAGUGGUACCACAAUGGCAAACCCAUUACUGCUGCCAAUAGAAUCCAGAUGUACCACGAUUUCGGAUACGUUUCUAUUGAUAUCCUUCAGGUUCGCUCCGAAGACACUGGCACAUAUACCGUCGUGGCUAGAAAUGCCAGUGGAGAAGCUCGUUUAUCCGCCACCAUGACUGUAGAGACGCGUUCCGGCGUAGAUACCAGUAGUAUGCAUCGCGGCACUUACGAGAAGACUCAACGUUUAGAAGAAUCCAAGUUUAUCGAGCCGCAAUAUCAUAUCGAAGAGAUAUCCAAAUCAAAACCAAUUUUUAUUCAGCCAUUGAGCGAUCCUAAGCCAGUUAGCGAGGGGAAAAAUAUUCACUUGGAGUGUCGUCUAGAACCGAUGGGCGAUCCUACGAUGAGAGUUGAAUGGUUCCAAAACGGACGUCCGGUCACAGUCGGUUCUAGAUUUAGAACUUACUAUGAUUUUGGAUUCGUCGCACUCGAUAUAGUACACGCUACCGUUUACGAUUCUGGUGAAUAUACAGUCAGAGCUACUAAUCACCUGGGUACCGCGCAUACUUCUGCUUGCGUCAGAGUUAUUGGAAGAUCUGAUAUUGUCACUGAUACGCAAAAUGAACAAUCGCUUGAGCAAAUACAAAUGUUGGAAGACUCGUCAAGGUAUCGCAAAGUUCAACAAGAAGAAGUCACUGUGAUGCAAGCACCUCAGUUCACUCGACCUCUACACAAUAUUGAAACCGUAGAACUAACCAAUGUCCAUCUCGAGUGUCGUCUUCAGCCAAUUGGUGAUGCGACCAUGAAAGUCGAUUGGUUCGUCAAUGGUCGACCGGUCAAAACUGGUCAUCGAUUCAGACCAUCUUACGAAUUUGAUUAUGUGGCUCUAGACAUUCUUGGCGUUUAUCCUGAAGAUUCUGGUGUAUAUACUUGUCAAGCUAGAAAUCAGCUCGGCGAAGCGGUUACUUCGUGCUCCGUAAGAGUACACGCCAAGAAGGACUUACUUUUAGAGUCUCAACAUCCUGAAGGAUUGGAAAGAAUACAGUACUUGGAGGAUGCUUCGCGAUACAAAAGGCAUGAACUAGUGGAUGAAGUUGUCAAUGUAAAGCCGAAAUUUAUUACGAAACCGAAAAACCAAGAAAAUCUUCGAGAAGGACAACAUGCUCAUUUCGAGUGCAAACUGGAACCGGUAACGGAUCCGAACCUAAAAGUCGAGUGGUUUAAGAAUGGUCGUCCAGUAACGAUAGGACAUCGCUUCCGUCCAAUUCAUGAUUUUGGCUACGUUGCAUUGGAUGUAAUUGAUUUGAUUGCCGAAGAUUCUGGAACAUAUACUUGUCGUGCUGUUAAUCUGGUAGGAAGUGAUGAGGUACUCUGUAGUUUAACGUGUCGCUUAAGCGCACAAAUACUAACGGACACGCAAAACGAGCUUGGACUCGAACAGAUUCACUAUCUUGAGGAUAAAUCCAAAUAUCAUAGACAAGAAGUCAUUGAAGAAACUACCACUCAAGCGCCUAUUUUCACAACUUCGUUAAAUAAUGUCGAAAUAAAAGAGGGCCAGCGAGCUCAUUUUGAAUGCAGACUAAUUCCGGUAUCCGAUGCAACAAUGAAAAUCGAAUGGUUCCAUAAUAAUAAACCAGUAAAAGCAGGCUCAAGAUUCGUCGAAACAAACAGCUUUGGUUUCGUCGCUCUCGAUAUCAUGUACGCGUACCCUGAAGACUCUGGAACAUAUACUUGCAGAGCUAAAAAUAUUAUUGGUGAAGCUAUCACUUCUGCAACUGCUAUCGUUCACUCUAAAAAAUCUAUCUACACGGAGACUCAAAGUGAAGAAACUCUUCAACGUCUUCGUUCGUUGGAGGACACGUCUCGUUAUCAACGUAAAACUACAACCGAAGAAAUCGUUACGCAAGCUCCAGUCUUUACGAUGCCAAUAAAAGAUCUCCGUGUUGCUGAAAAUCAAGCAGCACAUUUUGAAGCACGUGUUAUUCCAGUUGGUGAUCCCAAACUAAAGGUGGAAUGGUUACGUAAUGGAGUUCCUAUUUUAGCCUCAAAUCGCGUAACGACCAUGCACGAUUUUGGAUACGUCGCCUUGAACAUGAAGUACGUCAAUCCCGAAGAUUCAGGUACUUAUACAUGUCGUGCUAUAAACGAACUUGGAGAAGCAGUUACUUCAGCAACAUUAUUUGUUCAAUCCAAGGCAGCCUUGCAGUUUGAAUCACAACAUGAGAGCGCUUUGUCGAAACUUCAAGCCCUGGAGGAUACCUCGAAAUAUCAACGGCGUGAAGAGGAGGAGAUUGUGGUAAAAGACAAGCCAUCUUUUACGGUUCAACUAAACGGACCUACCAGUUUAGUCGAAGGACAAAGCGCACAUUAUGAGUGUCGCAUAGAACCUUAUCCUGAUCCCAACAUGAAGGUGGAAUGGUUUCACAAUGGCAAACCGUUGUCCACCGGUCACAGGUACAGAACUACCUGCGAUUUUGGAUUCGCAUCGUUGGAUGUAUUGACCGUAUAUGCCGAGGAUUCGGGCACGUAUACUUGCCAAGCCACCAAUAAAUUGGGAUCGGCAAAGAGCUCGAUUAAUCUUGAUGUGAAGUCUCGAGCAUCAAUUAUUCAUGAUACCCAACAUGAGAGCGCAUUGAAAAAGAUACAAUAUCUUGAAGAUGAUUCAAGAUAUAAACGAGUGACCAAAGAAGAUACGGUCAUCGCCGAAAAGCCUGCUUUCGGACGACCAUUGAAGAAUAUUGAACACCUCCCAGAAGGCAAAAGCGCCCAUCUCGAAGCUACGUUGACUCCCGUGAAUGAUCCGACGAUGAUCGUUGAAUGGUUUAGGAAUGGACGUCCUAUUCCCCAAGGACAUAAAUUUAAAACCACUUACGAUUUUGGAUACGUUGCUCUCGAUAUUCUUUAUGCCUAUCCUGAAGAUUCGGGUACUUAUAUGUGUAAAGCGAGAAACGCUGUUGGCGAAGCAGUCACUACUUGCGUGAUCAGCGUGGAUUCGAAACAAGGCUUAUAUCUCGAUACAUUGGAUGCACAACGUUUACAAAAGAUUCGAGAAUUGGAAACUAUCGAAGUCAAAGAAGAUAUUGAAAAAGAGGUUAUUCAUCAAAAACCUGUAUUCUUAACGCCGCUAAACAAUCUGGAUCAUCUCAAGGAAGGCGAGCAUGCUCAUCUGGAGUGUCGUGUGGAACCGAUUAACGACCCGAAUUUAAAGAUUGAAUGGUUUGUCAAUGGAGUUGCUAUUAAAACUGGUCAUCGUUUCCGUACAACGCAUGAUUUUGGCUAUGUGGCUCUCGAUAUUCUUUAUACUUAUCCUGAAGAUUCCGGUACAUACAUGUGUAAAGCAACCAACUUGGCUGGCGAAGCCGUUAAUACUUGCACUAUCAAAGUCGGCUCACGACGAAGUAUUCUCUUGGAUACUCAACAUCCGGAUGGUCUAGAAAAGAUUCGAGAAUUAGAGGCCCAAGGUCAUCCGGCACGAUUAGAAAUCGAGGAACCGCCAGUCUCACCACCAAGAUUUAUCACUGAGCUUAGGGGUACAACCGAAGUAUAUGAGGGGCAAACAGCUCACUUCGAGUGUCAAGUAGAGCCUUUGCAUGACGCAAAUCUAAGAAUCGAAUUCUUCCACAAUGGUAAACCAUUACCAUCGGCAGCGCGUUUCCAUGUGACUUUCGAUUUCGGAUAUGUGGCUCUGGAUAUUGGCCAUGCUGUACCCGAAGAUGCAGGACAAUAUUCUGUACGGGCGAUUAACGCGUUGGGACAAUGCGUAUCAUCUAUCGAGCUUAAAGUAAUUCCACGAGAUAACAUUAUUCUGGAUUCCCAACGGCCUGAGGGAAUGGACAAAAUCCGAGAGCUCGAAGCCCAACAGCCAUGGAAGAGACCGGAUAUUCCGGAGCCUCAAACACGGCAGCGGCCAGUGUUCACUCAACCUUUGCAAAAUAUCGAUGGCAUUGCCGAGGGUCACACCGCACAUUUCGAAUGUAGACUCAUACCCGUGGGUGAUCCUAUGCUCAAAGUGGAAUGGUUCAGAAACGAAGUGCCCCUUGAGACAAGUUCACGGAUCACAAAAGUGCAUGACUUUGGCUAUGUGUCUCUGGAUAUCGCUCACGUGCGUGAUGAAGACAAAGGAGUUUAUAUGUGUCGUGCGUCUAAUCCAUUGGGCGAAGCGGUUACCACAGCUUCAAUGAAGAUCAAAACUAAGGCGAGCAUACAGUUAGAUACUCAACAUCCGGAGGCUCAACGUAGAAUCGCUCAGUUGGAAGCUAAGGAAACUGGGCGACCCGAGGAGCCGGAAAAGAUGUUUGAUAAGCCAAUUUUUACGCAAUUAUUAACUGGGCCAACUGAACUUUGGGAAGGACAAAUGGCUAGAUACGAAUGCAGAGUCGUUCCUGUCGGCGAUCCAAGUUUAAGAUUUGAGUGGUAUAUGAACGGAAUCGAAUUAAAAAUGGGUUCACGUUUUCACGUAAGUCACGAUUUCGGGUACGUAACGUUAGACAUUCUAAAAGUUAUCCCCGAAGAUUCCGGAGUAUAUACCUGCAAAGCGAUUAACCAUGCAGGCGAGGCAAUAUCGUCGAUUUCCCUGAAAGUAAAAGCCCGUUCAGCUAUCGAUUCUGACAGCAUACAAGCGGACGCAUGGCAAAAGAUUCAAUUGAAGGAAGCAGAACUUAAUAAAGUGCCGGAAAUGUUUAUCGACACAACGCCGCAGCAAGCACCGGUUUUCACUAAACAUCUCGAGAGCUUUGACAAACUGACAGAGGGUCAAAAUGUCUAUUUGGAAGCUCAAGUGGAGCCGCGGGCGGAUCCCAAUUUAAGAGUGGAAUGGUUCAAGAAUGGAAUAUCCCUCCAGACUGGAACGAGACUUCGUAGUACGUUUGAUUUUGGUCUAGUAACAUUGUCCAUCAACGGGCUAAGAGCCGACGAUUCGGCGAUUUACACAUGCAAAGCAACCAAUCUUUUGGGAGAAGCCGUGUCGACCUGUAGUCUGAAAAUUGCCGAUCGUCACUGGUUAUAUGGAGAUACCUUACAUCCUGACGCUUUGCCAAAAAUCGAUGCUUUGGAGCAGCCUCAGAUUACCUCUUUUGAGCAACCAGAACCUACGUACGAAGAACCAGUUUUCAUUACUCAUUUAAAUAACGUGGAAUGUAUCGAGGGUGAUAAUGCUCAUUUCGAAUGUAAUGUAGAACCAUCGAAAGAUCCGACUAUGAAGAUUGAAUGGUUCUUGAACAGUAAACCCUUGCCGACCGGUGCUAGAUUUAAGAGUACCUAUGAUUUCGGCUACGUAGCUCUGGACUUGACUCAUGCUUACGAAGAAGAUUCUGGCGUCAUUACCGUUAAAGCCACAAAUUCGAAAGGUAGUGCACAGACAUCUGGUACUUUAAAAUGCACCAGCAAGCAAAAUAUUUAUCUUCAAACGCAGCAUCCACAAGGAGAAGUUGGACUUGAGAAAGUGAAAGAAGCCGAAGAUGCUUAUUUGUCAAAAUACAAGAGACCAGAAGAAGGUCCUGAACAUGAGUAUCCUAAACCGAUCUGGACGGUGCCUCUCGGGCCCGAGUUUAAACUGGGAGAGUCCGAACCGUUACAUCUCGAAGGACAAGUCGAGCCGAAGGAUGAUCCCAAUUUGAAGAUCGAUUGGUACUUUAAUGGGAAACCUUUGGAACAUGGUUCACGCUUCAAAAUGACUAGCGAUUUUGGAUUUGUCACUUUGGACUUGACGGACGUUUACGAGCGUGACUCUGGUAUUUACACUUGCAAGGCCUAUAACAAAGCAGGCGAAGCUUUCACUUCAACGACUAUUUAUUGCUCCACAAAGGAAAAUGUCAUCGAAAAGUCACAGCACCCCAAAGGCAAGGAAGGUCUCGAAGCGAUUCAAGAUUUAGAGGAAUCUUUGAAACGGCAAGAAGGAGUUCCCUUGGGAGAGGAAGAAGGUCAACCACCGAUGUUUACAUCGCAAUUCGAGAAUUUAACCAAUCUCUCGGAAGGAGAGAUCGCUCACUUCGAAGCAUCUCUCAUCCCUACUGGUGAUCAAACUAUGGUGGUUGAAUGGUUCUACAAUGGUAAAUCUUUAGAAGCUAGUCACCGCACGAGAACCGUUUACGCUUUCGGCAUGGUUGUCCUCGAAGUUCUCGGCACCAAAAUAGAAGAUUCGGGCACUUAUACUUGCAGGGCCACUAACAAAUGGGGUAAAGCAGAAAUUAGUGUGCAACUGGAAUGCGUCGACAAGUCCAAGGGACAGAAACCUAAAUUUACGACGCAGAUUCAAUCCUUGGAAGGCUUAAAAGAUGGUCAAUCGGCUCACUUUGAGUGUACUCUAAUCCCAGUGGGUGAUCCUCACAUGAAAGUCGAGUGGUUCCACAAUGGAAAGCCUCUAAGACACUCGUCACGUUUCAAAAUGGUCUCUGACUUUGGCUUUGUAGUUAUGGAUAUUGCCGGAGUGAUGUCUCAUGACACCGGAGAAUACGUUUGUAAAGCUAGCAAUAAAUACGGCGAGGAUUAUACAAAAGCCACGAUCAGAUGCUUCGGCAAAAGCGGAGUUUACUUAGAUUCUCUGCAGCCGGACUCGCUCGCUAGAAUUCGAGAGCUCGAAAGUUAUACCGGAGAGCAAGCAACUACGCCUACGACUCCCGUUGCUGAACCACCCAAGUUUAUUACGCAGAUCGCUGAUAUUACGAAACUGGUAGAAGGGCAGUCCGCACAUUUCGAGGCCAGACUGACCCCAGUGAACGAUCCCGAUUUGAAAGUCGAGUGGUAUUACAACGGCAAGAAACUUCCUCACGGCCAUCGAUAUCGCACCUUCCAUGACUUUGGUAUUGUUAUCCUGGACAUACUCUAUUGUUACGAAGAGAAUUCCGGGGUUUAUGAAUGCAGGGCCGUUAACAAGUAUGGCGAAGAUUCUACAAGAGCAACGCUCAAAUGCUUCUCCAAGGCUAAUCUCGUUUUGGAAUCGCAACUUCCGAAGGGCAUGGAAGGCGGUCUAGAAAAAAUCCAAACUCUCGAAGACUCAAUGAUACGUACAAAGGACGAAAAGAUUGUAGAAGAACGUGGCAAAGCUCCUAUGUUCACUGUACCUUUAAGUAAUAUUGAUGGUUUACGGGAGGGAGAGAGCGCACAUUUUGAGGCACGAGUAAUUCCUACAGACGAUCCAAAAUUAAAGGUCGAAUGGUUUUGGAAUGGUAAACCAUUGCGAACAGGAUCUCGCUUCCGCACUUUUUGCGAUUUUGGUUUCGUCAUUUUAGAAAUCUCUCCCAUUUAUCCUGAAGACUCUGGCGAAUAUAGUUGUAGAGCGUCAAAUGAUUAUGGUGAAGCGGUGACGACGUGCACAAUGAAGUGUACAGGCAAACGUAGUAUUAUUUUGGAAUCUCAGUUACCCAAAGGUAUGGAGAGUACAAUCGAUAAAAUCGCUGAAUUGGAAGGUCUUGGGGCUGUUCCGGGUCAGAUCAGUCCGGAGGAUGACACUGGUAGACCGCCAGAGUUUAUCACAACUCCUUCCGACUUAACUUUGACUGAAAACUCUCUUGCUCACUUUGAAUGCCGGCUACAGCCAAUUAACGAUUCUAGCAUGAGAGUCGAAUGGUUUCACAAUGGCAAGCCUCUUCUCGCUGGUAGCAGAGUGAAGACGAUUCAUGACUUUGGCUUCGUCAUUUUAGAAGUUGCAAAUUGUUAUCAACGCGAUUCGGGCUUAUACACCUGUAAAGCCACAAAUCGUCAUGGCGAAGCCACAGUGUCGUGCAAGCUUCAAGUUCGCGGACGUCAGGGUAUCAUUCUGGAGCCUCAAUUACCGAGUAAUUUUAAAACCGGUACAGAAAGUAUUCAGAAAUUGGAAGAAUCCUUAUAUAAGAAAGAUGAAAUCUUGGCGGAGGAAGAAACGCCAAAUCCACCGAGAUUUAUUGUCGAACUUAAAGAUAUCGAAGUCGAGGAGGCUGGACCGAGUCACUUCGAUUGUAGAGUCGAACCUGUGAGUGAUUCUACUAUGCGUAUCGAUUGGUUUCACAAUGGACGGCCCUUCGCGACAGGCUCGCGAGUGCAUCAAAUUAAUGAUUUUGGAUUUAUAUCAUUGGAUAUGUCGUAUACAUAUGCACGAGACAGUGGCGAAUAUGUCUGCAGAGCUACCAACAAGUGGGGUUCUGCCACUACCAAGGCCACUAUUACUUGCAAAUCUAAGAAAACGAUAGACUUUGAUUCUCAAUUGCCAAUGGGAAUGAGCGGCGAAAAGUUAAAAGAACUAGAGCGAGGACCGGUCUCUCAAGCUCCUGUGGAAGAAGCACCGCGACAACCACCUCAUUUCAUCACGCAAAUCCAGUCAACGACUAUCGACGAAGGUGAACCGGUCAGAUUUGAAUGCCGUGUAGAGCCAAAAGAGGAUCCGAAUCUACGCAUCGAAUGGUACAGAAAUGGUAAAUUAAUACCUGCUGGGCACAGAUAUAGAUCGGUUUACGAUAUGGGAUUCGUGUCGAUGGAUAUCUUGUACGUAUAUCCCGAGGAUUCUGGUGAAUACGUUUGUAAGGCCAUCAACGACCUUGGAGAAGAUACCACUCGAGCUGCUGUAUCUUGCAAGAAAUUACCUAGCAUUAUUCUGCAAAAUCAAGUACCAAAAGGUAUGAAAAAAUCCGAGGCCUUGAUGCAAAUGGAAGCGACGAUUAAAAAAUAUACUUCAGAAAUUCACUUAACUGAAGACGAUCUAUAUGAUGCGGAUAAGAAGCAACCACCUCGUUUCGUCACACAGAUUCAAGAUCAGACUGAUCUUAUUGAAAUGAAUAGUACCAAGUUCGAAUGCCAAUUGGCGCCCGUGGGUGAUCCAAAUAUGAAGGUCGAAUGGUUCUUUAACGGGAAACCAUUACCCCAUAAGAAUCGAUUUACGCCUAUUUAUGAUUUUGGCUAUGUAGCCAUGAACUUUGGUUGGGUCUAUCCAGAGGAUAGCGGCGAGUAUCUAUGUAGAGCUACGAAUCUUUAUGGCAUGGACGAGACUAGAGCUAUAAUCAAAACUGCGGGAAAACCAGGAAUUAUCUAUGAGUCCCAACUUCCAAAAGGUAUGAAGAGCAUCGAGAAGAUCAGAGAAAUGGAAGCAGCGUGGCAAAUCGUUCCUGAAGAGGAAGGUGAAGAAGAAAAAGUACGCUCGGCGCCUAUUUUCGUGAGCAAACCAGAACCGGUAACGGUUGAAGAAGGUGACUGGUCUAGAUUUUGUUGUCGAGUCACUGGACAUCCAAGACCUCGAGUUAUGUGGAUAAUCAAUGGACAUACGGUAGUUAAUGGAUCCCGCUAUAAACUAACAUAUGACGGCAUGUAUCAUCUGGAUAUACCAAAGACCAGACAAUACGAUCACGGUAAAGUGGAAGUGAUUGCAAGAAGCUCGGUUGGCGAAGCACGUACAGAAACGACUAUAACGGUCAAGCAGCGAAGCGAUGACUACCGUGGUGUAUUAAAAAAUUCACCAAGACCUUGGUACGAUUAUGGGCUAACACAAUAUCAGUCCGAGCGGCAAGACACAGAAUUGGAGCGGGUAUUCGAUGAACGUCAUCAAAGCGUUUCCCAAGGGAUUGAAAUUGCCACAGAACACCUUGGUCAUAAAGUUAUUAAAGAGCCUGAGACCGAUUGGCAGAAAUCCGUCAAGAGCAAGAAAAAUGAAGAUUAUUACAAUAAACUGAUGAAUCUCGAAGAAGAACAAAUGCUCAAAGAGUCUAGAUUAAGGGAAUCUUCACAUCAGUUUGCUAUUCCCGGUGACAAAGUUGUUGCACAUUCCUUAGCAAAAGGAAUGGCCCAAAAGUAUGAAGAAAGUUUAGAGGAACAACCUGAACAAGAACAACCAGUACAACCACCUCCGAAGUAUGUAAAGAAGCCGUUUGUUACCGAGGUGGAUAUAGAUACGGAACGCGUUAAAGCCACAGGAAAAUAUCCUCCGGGACCGUCUGAAUCCACAGUUCAUGGUCGCGAAGUUCAUGUUGCUAAACAAAAACAGACACAAAAGGAAGUCAAGGGUGACUUAGAAAUAACAAGAAAAAUCACCGCGACAGAGACUACAGAAGUAGAACACAAAGCGAAGACGCAAGAACGUGUGGUGCAAGGUCAAGCCAAACCUGCCAAACCGCCCGUUUUCACGAAGAAGAUUCAACCUUGUAGAGCGUUUGAGCAAGAACAGGCCAAAUUUGAGGUUGAAUUCGAUGGUGAUCCACUACCGACUAUUAAAUGGUACCGCGAAGAUUUUCCCAUACAAAACUCAGCCGACCUUCAAAUUUAUACCUUCAGUACCAAAUCGGUGUUAAUUGUCAGACAAGUUUUUAUGGAAGAUUCUGGUGUCUUUUCCGUUAUCGCUGAGAAUAGAGGAGGAAAAGCCAAAUGUAGUGCCAAUUUAGUGGUAGAGGAACGCAGAAGACAGCCUGGACGAGGCGGUGCGGUACCACCCAGUUUCUUAACCACGAUCCAAUCUGCUUCUGUUGCUACUGGACAACUCGCCAGAUUCGAUGCUAAGAUUACCGGCACCAAACCUCUGGAUGUUUAUUGGCUCAAGAACGGUAAAAAGAUAACAGCGGAUAUUCGUUACAAAACUUUGGAAGAAGACAAUAUCUAUACACUUCUGAUCCUGGAAACAGUACCAGAAGAUAGUGGCAAGUACGAAUGUGUUGCAAUUAACAGUGCUGGAGAGGCACGUUGUGAAGCAGAAUGCACUGUUCGCGGACCUCAAUCACCAACAAAGGUUGCAAAACCUACAACACCAACAGCAGAAAAAGCGCCAACUGUUCUAGAACCAUUAAAGGAUCAAACCAUUAAGGAAGGAACUUCCGUCGCUUUUGCCUGCAGGAUCACAGGAAAACCUGUUCCUACUAUACAAUGGAAGAAAGCUGAUAAGGUCAUCAAACCAUCCAAGUACUUUCAAAUGCAAAAAGAAGGCGAUUUCUGUACUCUGAGGAUUUCUGAAGCCUUCCCCGAAGACGAAGGUGUUUAUAAGUGCAUUGCUAAAAAUCCCGCUGGUGAGGUCACGACGUCUGCCAAUCUCCGAGUUCUCGCGCCCGAUACAGCUGAUGUCCUGCCAAAAUUGACACCUUUGAAAGAUCAGAUAGUGAUAGAAGGACAACCAGCUCAAUUUAAAACUCAAGUGAGUCCGGCAAAGCCUAAGCCAACGAUUCAAUGGUAUCGAGAGGGUGCCUUGAUCCCACAAUCACCAGAUUUCCAGAUGAUUCAUGAAGGCAACAAUGCGGUGCUACUGAUAGCGACCACGUACGAGGAGGAUACAGGCACCUUUACUUGCCGCGCUACAACUUCAGCCGGUACCGUAGAAACGUCCGCCAAACUCAUCGUCAAAAAAAGAAAAGAAGCCUAUUACGCGGUUCCCGCGGAAACGGGUGCCAGUAUCGAUGUAGAUGCAAAACUUCAUCAGAAUUGGAAGGAAGAUACAGCUCUGAGAUCUUUAGUUCUCGACGAAAAUGGUUUACCACUUGAAGUACAACUUCAAUCUGGCGAUGAAUCGCUACCUUGGCGAAAAGGACGUGUUCAACCCCGACCUCGAACUCGCGAUUCACUUCCAUGGAGGAAAGUACAAACUAAAUCAAGAGAUUCUUCUUUGGAUAAACUUCGAGCCUUCGAGAGUCAAAUAAAACCGUGGACCGAGGAAGAAGUAAUUUUGAAAAAAACUCCUCAGAUUAUCAAGGAUGUAACGUCAGAAAGGUUGGAAGAAGUUGAGUUGAAGCCGACAAAGAUUGAGAAAAAAGAUAUCUCUGGACCCAGUCUAGAAAUAAUCAAAUUGAAAUCGAUACCUAAAGAUGCAACAAAAAGCAUAACAACCGAAGAAUAUGUUAGUGACGAUAUUACUAGUGAACAUUACAGAGAGCAAGUAGAUACUACUUUAUUGAAAACGUCGCGUCAUUUAGAUGAAACUGUGUCGAAAAAAGAGAAACCCCAGGAAUCAAGAUCAUGGACGGAGGAGCAAAUUAUAUUAAAGAAAAGAAAACCAAAGACCAAAAUAGUUUCCGAAGUGGAUAUAGAAAAAAUAAAUUUUCUCGAACAAGAGGACACUUCUUUGCUUGCAAUUUCAAAGGAUGAAGAAACACAAAAGUUAAGAAAAGAAAAGCCUAUCACAGAAACGAUAGAACAACCGAAGUCUUGGAUGGAAGAAAAAAUUGCUUUGAAGAAAACAAAACCUGAAAGAAAAGAGAUACCUAAGGAAACGCUCGAAACCGUUUCACUAAAACCUUCGCAAAUAGUAAAAACAGAUCUCGAGAAAUUAACUUUAGAUAAGGCAGAUCUAAAACCAAUUUCAAAAGAAGUAGCUGAAGCAAUUUCAGUAGAAGAAGUUACGCGGAUUGACCUCUCUACAGAAAAACCAGUGAGAACAGCAAGCAAAGACGUGGAUAAAACAGUGAUAGAUGAAGCAAAACCAUGGACAGAAGAAAAAAUUACCUUAAGAAAAUCUAAACCUGUUCAAAAAGAAAUCGAAAAAGAAACGAUGGAAACGGUAGAAUUAAAAUCAUCUAAAUUUACUAAACCAAUACUUCAAAAACCAAGUUUAGAAAAACUAGAACUGAAACCUGUCACAAAAGAAAAGGCAGAUACUAGAGAAAUCGUUAAAAGUACUGAAUACGCUGAACAGGAAGAUACUUCGUUACUUCGAGUUUCAACGGAAGUACACGAUGAUAUCACGUCGAAACCCGGUGUAAGCAAAAAGGUAGCACGAGAAAGAAAACGUGACGUCGAAGAUAUUGGAAUAUAUGUAGAGGAAGAAAAUACUGCUUUGCUUAAGGUUAUGUCAGAACGUGAAACUACAAUUGAUAAAAGGGUAAAGAAGCAAGAGGAAAUACCACAAGAAAAGCCACAGUCAAAGUCAUGGGUGGAAGAAAAAAUAAUCUUAAAGAAAACAAAACCGGAACUAAAAGAAGUACAUAAAGAAACUCUUGAAGAAGUAUUAUUAAAGCCUACAUCAAGAGCAGACAAAGUAAUAUCGAAGAAGGAAUUAGGAGAGAAAGUAGAUUUGAAACACGUCAAAAUACAAAGUAUGGAUUCAAUUGAUAUGAAAAAGCAAGAAACCGUACCAUAUCAUGAAGAAGAAUCUAAAACUAUUAUCCAAAUCGCCGAAGACAUUAAGUCUACUGAAAAAGAGAGUCGUAAGAAAAAACCUGAUGGAAGUAUAUCAUACGCGGAAGAGGAAGAUGCUACGAUCCUCAGCAUCGAUAAAACCGUAAUCGAGAAAUCCAAAAAAGAAGAUAUACCAGUGCCUUGGAUUAGAGGCAAAAAAGCAAAAGAAAAGAGAGAAGUUGAGGAAAUAAAACCAUUUGAAGUAAUUAAACCUGAAAUUAAAUCAGAAGAGGAUAAACCUACAGAGAUUUCACAAGCUCUAUGGCGUCGUAAACCAAAACCUUCAAUUCAAAAGAAGACUACAGAAAUUGAAUCUGAUAAAGAAAAAUCUGAUACUACAGAAAUAUCUGAAGCAAUAUGGCGAAAACCUGAAAAAAGUAAAUCAACAAAAGUGGUUAAAGACGAACCUCAAGUUGAAGAUUUCACAUCUGUAGUACUGAAACCGGCAAAAUGGCACGAAAAGCCGGAAAAGCAAAAACUGACAGAAGAAAUAACAUUAAAACCAGCAAAACAAUUGCCUAAAGAAAAAGAAGAACCAGGCAGUAUUGUCCUUCAACCAGUAACAAAGGAAACAUUAAAACCAGAAACUAUAACUAAAAAAAUUGAUAACGAAGAUGUACCUACUGAAAGAAUGGAUGUACCAUGGAGACGUGGAAAGAAAUCAACACGAACUGAACAAAAACCAGAAGAUGUACAGUUAAAACCAAGUAAACAAAUACAAAGACUCGAAGAACCAAAAUCUGAGGAAGUUGUAUUAAAACCUGUUAGAAAGCUGCCUAAAGAGGAAGAAUCUAAGGAAGAAAUCACACUAAAACCAGUGAAAAAAGAGAAAGUUGAGGAGAAACCGGAAGAAGUACGAUUGAAGCCAGUGAGAAGGAUAGAGAAACCUGAAGAACCGAAACCUGAGGAAGUUGUACUAAAACCUGUUAAAAAGCUGCCUAAAGAGGAAGAAUCUAAGGAAGAAAUCACACUAAAACCAGUGAAAAAAGAAAAAGUUGAGGAGAAACCGGAGGAAGUACGAUUGAAGCCAGUGAGAAGGAUAGAGAAACCUGAAGAACCGAAACCUGAGGAAGUUGUACUAAAACCUGUUAGAAAGCUGUCUAAAGAAGAAGUAACAAAAGAGGAAAUCACAUUAAAACCAGUGAAAAGAGAAAAAGUGGAGGAGAAACCGGAAGAAGUACGGUUGAAGCCAGUGAGAAAAAUAGAGAAACCUGAAGAACCGAAACCUGAGGAAGUUGUACUAAAACCUGUUAAAAAACUGCCUAAAGAGGAAGAGUCGAAGGAAGAAAUCACACUAAAACCAGUGAAAAAAGAGAAAGUUGAGGAGAAACCGGAAGAAGUACGGUUGAAGCCAGUGAGAAAAAUAGAGAAACCUGAAGAACCGAAACCUGAGGAAGUUGUACUAAAACCUGUUAAAAAGCUGCCUAAAGAGGAAGAGUCGAAGGAAGAAAUCACACUAAAACCAGUGAAAAAAGAAAAAUCUGAAAAAAUAAAAUUAGAACCUGUAUCUGAGGUAGUAACAGAUAUAAUAGACGAUAAACCCAUAGAGGAGAAACCAAUAGAGAUAACAGAAGCUCCUUGGCGGCGUGGUAAACGUACAAAGAAAGUUGUUGAUUUUAAAGAAGAGGUUACUGUAGUGCCCAUUGAUCAAGAGGAAUCCGUUACAGAAAUUCGCGAAGAAAAGGGAACAAUAAUAAUUGCAAGUGAGAAUAUUCAGGAAUUGAUUGAAAAGAAGGUGGAACCUGUGCCAAUGCAUAAAGAAGAUAAACUCACCGAGGAAAUAAUUACAAGUGAAGUUUCAUGGAGGAAGAAGAAAAAAGAUCGUCCAAAAUUAGUAGAAGAAAAAGAAACGGUUAUGUUAAAGCCCGUUGAAAAAGUGGAAGAACUAGAACCGAAAAUUGAACAAUCUAAAGAAAAUGUAUUCCUUGUAAAAGACAAGGAAUUAUCUGAAAAAGUUGAAAUAAAGCUAGUAAGUAAAGAAAAAAUAACGGAAGAAAAAGUUAAAGAAGAUAAGGUUAUUGAAUUAAAGCCUGUAAAGUUUGCGGAACAAAUAACAGAGGUUUCGGAAGAGAAAGAUAAAGUUGUUAUUGAAUCGGUUAAAACAAAAUCUAAAGCAAUAGAAAAAAUACCCGAAGAAAUCACUUCUAAUAUUAUUGAAAAGGAAAUUGUAGAUGUAGACUUACAAAUUAAAACAGAUAUUACCCAAGUAGAAGACCGUAAGAGAAAACGCAGACAACGUACUCAGGUGGACAUAUCAAUUAUAGAUAAAGAUAAAACUAUUGCUCCAAGAUUUAUCCAAAAGUUACAACCUGUUAUCGCUGAAUUAGAAAAACCUGCCAAAUUUACAUGUACCGUUAUAGGAAAUCCAUUCCCUAAAAUUUCUUGGUAUAAAAAUGAGCAAGAACUCCAUGCGAGCGAAAAGUAUACUAUGACUAUAUUUGAGACAACCGCAACCUUAGAAAUCACCAAAGUUAAAGAGGAAGAUGUUGGAAUGUAUUCUUGUAGAGCGUCCAAUCCGGCUGGCGUGGCAACAUCCACUGUCAAUCUUGUGAUAUUCGAAAAAGAAGAGGAAGGCGUAGCACCGCAUUUUUCAACGCCGAUUAAACCGCUAAUGAUUGAGGAACACACACCUGCUUUAUUAGAGUGCAUUGUAACCGGUACGCCAAUACCUGAAGUAAAAUGGUAUCGCGGGGAGAAAGAAGUGAAACCAAACAAGAGAACUGAGAUGACUUUCAACCCAACAACUGGAAAAGCUGAGCUGAAAAUUUUAGAGCCAAUGCCUGAAGACGAAACAAUUUAUCGUGUUCGUGCUGUAAAUAAAUACGGUCGCGCUGAAUGUAGAGCUAAUUUAGUGAUCAGUAACAUUGUUAAAGUGAGUAAACCAGUUGUUCUGAGAGCACCGCGAAUUACACGACCUUUGCCCGCCUUGAUAACUGAACGCGGAAAGCCUCUAAAGUUUUUAGCUGAUUUUGAGGGCGUACCAAAACCGGAAGUUAAAUGGUUUCGUAAUGGCAUUGAAAUUACACCGACUGACAAACGCAAGAUAAAUAUCUAUGAAAGUAGUGCCGAAUUAAAUAUAACAGAAGUAACAAACAAGGAUAGCGGCAAGUAUGAAAUAAGAGUUCAAAAUGAAGCUGGUGAAGCAAGAAGUUCGAGUUCUGUUACCAUUAAAGAACGCAAAGACACGAGCGAAGUAAAAGCUCCAAUGUUUGUGGAACCUAUUCAGCCUCAACUUGUUGCAGAAGGAGAAGUUGUUAUCAUGGAAACACGAGUGGAAUCAUAUCCAGUGGCAUCCUUUCAAUGGUUCCAUGAGAGCAAACCUCUUGAGUCGACACCGCAAGUAAGAAUUGUGACUCAAGAGAAUCGAUCGAUUUUGAUGGUAAAAGAAGUAACACCUGAACUGGCUGGUAAUUACACGUGUCGUGCUGAAAACGUUGGUGGUUCAGUCACUUGUACGGCCACUAUUAAUGUAACAGACGUAACAUGGGAAGAGACAAUUGAAUUAGUUUCACCAACAUUUGUUAAGAGAUUGUCACCCGUAAAAGUUAUGGAUGGUGAGAGUGUUAAUUUAACUUGCAUCGUGGAAGGAAAGCCAACGCCCAGAGUAGAAUGGUACCAUAAUGACAAGCCAAUUAAAGAAGGCAAAGAAAUUACAAUUGUUCAAGACAUGGAGGGUGUCUGCAGCCUAGCUAUUACUGAAGUAUUUCCAGAAGAUGCUGGAGAAUAUACCUGUCAUGCUGUGAAUCCUGUUGGCGAAGCAGUCUGCACGUCAUCGCUUAUUGUUGAAGCAUACGAGUACGUGCCUGAUUCGGAAAUUGCAUCUUCAAUAAUCGCGACAUCUCUUACCACUGGAUCGGAAGAAGAUCUUCUAUCUCCAAAAGAAACUCCUAUCUUCGACACUGAUGUAGAAGAAUCCGUACCAGAGAUAGUUAAGAAGCUUCCUCAGUUAAUUCCUACCAAAGAUGGGGAAUUAACUAGAUUGGAAGUAAAGAUGAAAGGCAAACCAAAACCGAAAGGAAAAUGGUAUAAACAAGGUGUGGAAAUAGUUUCAUCACAAGAAUUCCAAAUUGAAGAAUUUGAAGAUGGUACAUCAGUAUUGACGAUUGCUGAAACUUUUCCCGAUGACACUGGCGAGAUCACAUUUGAAGCUCAUAAUCCACUUGGUGUAUCAACUACGACGGCAUAUUUAUCAGUAGAAGGUAUACUCGGAACAAAAGAAUACCGAAAACCAGAGUGGGUUACACAAAUGGAAGAAAUGCAGGAGGCUUUAAGAGCUACACAAGCCAUUCCACGAUUCAUUCAAGAAAUAACGGACAUUUAUGCAAAGGAAGGAGAUAUCGCUUUGUUCGAAUGUGUCUAUUCUGGUAACCCCAAACCAGAUGUUGUUUGGUAUAAAAACGAUAAGCUUAUAAUGAAUACAGAGAAUGUAAAAGUACGUAUAUUUGAUGAGGAAAACAGAACUACUUUAACAAUUAAGCAAACUACCGGAGAGGACGAUGCCACAUAUGUUUGCAAAGCUACCAAUGAAAUUGGAAUGAUAGUAACAAAAGCUAAACUGCAUGUUGACACUGUCAGCGAAGUACGGUUAACGUCGGAUGACACAAUCAAAGAAGAAGAAAAGUUUGAUAUAAAGCUGAAAAAACAAGAAGAAAAACUAUACAAAAAGAAGAAAACCGAGCUAAAGAAGGCAAAGGAAAUUAAAGAAAAAGUAAAAGCUGAACGUGUCAAAAUUGAGAAAGAAGAAAUCCAUGAAGAGAAGCUGAUUCCGAAAGAACAGAUAGAAGAAAAAAGAAUUGUCGAUGUUGAAGAGACCCAAAUAUUAGAAACUACAAAGUUUAUAGAAAGUAAACCCGAGGAGGUUUCUAGAGCACGGAGAAUAGUACCGAUCCAAGAACCAAUUGUGACCGAAGCAACAGCUUCUUUGAAGAAAAUUGACGAUCAGAAACUACGAGAGCACAUACCUAAAUUUGAAGAACGUGCGAAACAAAUUGUCGAAGAGCGAGAAAGUGUCGUCGUAUCAGAAAUCACGAGUGAAGAUAUUGCUCCUGAUUUCACCAUCGAAACAAAACUUGAUCGCGCUCAAGUUACUUCGGAAACUCUAGAGAAAGUUGCAAUCUCUGAAGCACAUGUAGAAACUAGCGUGCAAGAAAGAAAACGUAUAGAAACUAAGCAGAAAAAAGUAAAGAAAAUAAAAGCAGAAAAGAUUAAAGAAGAUAUUACCGUAAAAGAGAUUGUGGAGCGACAAAAAGAAAACAUAGCUCGGGAAGUCGACGAGAUAAUGGAGGUUCUUGAUGUAAAAGAGUUUGGUCCAGGAGAAUCUCCCCUUCGAGAACUCGCAACAAUUGGCUACUUGGUUCGACAAGGUGUUUCCGUAAACGAGAUCAACGAAUGUCUAUAUAGGACUGAGAUGUUUCCUGCUUUAAAAACACCUGAUGCUCAGAAUGCUUUGGUACAAUUGGUGGAAAGAAAGGGUCACGGUCCCUUGAUCACUCAAGUACUUACGGAGGAGACAACGACCGAUGAGAGCUUUGUUGCAGCGACAGUUGGUUUUCGUGCGUUUAUGAAAAUGGUCGAGCUUCAGCAUGCAACCGUGGAAGAAGUCAUCAUACACUUUGCUCCGGAAGAUUUCAGGCCACGUGCUUGGGAAGUUACAGAAAUUUCCGAGGUCGAGACUGAGCAACAUGCUACGGAAACAGUAGAUAUUGUUCGCAAAAUGGAAGUUCAUUUUAUGGAGCAGAGAGACGAAAGGAAAGCUACUCAUGUACAGGAUAUUCGAGAAAUUAAAGAUGUAUGAAGCUUUACUUGCUCGAAUAAUAGAUGUGCGAUUUUUUUGCUU